CUCAUGCUCCCCUGGCUGCUCUUGCUGCUCCCUCUCCAUGCUCUCGCUGGCAGUGAGCCGCUGCGUGGGGUCUCUCCGGACUUGAUUGCUCGCUAUGACCCCGCCCAGGCCUCAAGUGAUGUCUGGGAAUGUUUGGAUGGUUCAAAGACAAUCGACUGGUCCGCGGUGAACGACGACUUCUGCGACUGCGCGGAUGGUAGCGACGAACCUGGCACUAGCGCAUGUCCAAACUCGCGCUUCUACUGUGUGAACGAAGGGCACAUAGGCUCAUAUAUAUCCAGUACACGAGUGGGCGAUGGUCUCUGUGAACCUGAGUGCUGUGAUGGCUCGGACGAGGCUCCUGGGGUCUGCAAGAACGCGUGUAAAGAGAUCGGGCAGGCGUACCGGGAACGCGUCAGGGCAGAGCAGAAGCUUCGCAAGACUGGCUCCAAGAUCCGCUCGACAUACGUUGCGUUUGCCCAGAAGGAGAAGAAGCGCCUCGAACAGGAACUUGAACAGACCGAGCAGGAGAUCGCUGUCCGUGAGAAAGAGGUUGCGCGUCUCAAGGACCUUGUAGAGAGGACUGAGUCCCUUUCCGCCGCGGCGCUUGAGGAGAGGAAACAGUCGCCACUAUACCAGUCCCUCAUGACGCACGUCACUGCCCUGAAGUCUCUCCAACGCCAAUAUCAGAAACACCUUGAGCGGGAGCAGUCCCUCGGCGACAUUCUCGACAGCCUCCGUACCGGCUACAACCCCAACUACCAGGACAUGGCCGUUCUCGAAGCCGUUCGCGGCUGGGAACACCUCGCCGGUCUGCCGCACAUCAACGACGUCGGGAAGGACGACGAGAAUGCCGAGGAGGAGGGCUCCGACGAGGAAGCCAGCCAGGACGAGGAGGAAGAGAACGACGACGGCUUGUGGAGUGAGCUCCAGGUUGAGCACCAGGUCGACGAGCUCCUCAGGACGGACUACGACGCGCUGCUCAUCGAACACGACAAGCAUAUCGGCGCGCCCGCUUCCCCGACAUCCAUCCUCUACAACCUCUCUGCGUAUCUUCCGGAUGCGCUUGUCCCGCAGUACGAGGCUCUUCGCGACCAGUUCGUGUCUUGGCUGGAGUCUGUCGGACUUGUCAAGGCCACCCCCGACACUUCCGCUGAUGCGUCGCGUUUGCAGAAAGCUCUGAGCGACGCCGAGCACAGCCUGGGCCUGACCCGCAAGGAGAAGGAUGAGAAGGAGCGCGAUAUCAACCGUCUCUUCGACCCCUCGUGGUACGGCGCGGAAGGCGAAUGGAAGAAGCUGGACCGCACUUGCAUUAGCAAGGAAGUCGGCGACUACAUCUACGAAGUGUGUCUGUUUGACGAGGCCCGUCAAAAGCCGAUCAAGGGUGGAUCUACGUUCAGUCUCGGACACUUCGAGUCCUGGAACAACGCCGACGUCGAGAAGGGCUCGCCGGAAUACUACAGCAGGCAACGCUACACGAAGGGCGCCAAGUGCUGGAACGGCCCUCAGCGCAGCGUCACGCUCCUCAUGUCUUGCGGCACGGAGAACGCCGUCCUGUCCGUUGCCGAGGCCGAGAAGUGCGAGUAUGAGUUCAAGGUCACGUCACCGGCUUUGUGCUUGCCGCUCUCCUCUACCGAAGAGAAUAGCUAUGCUGCUGGGAGGGAGGAGCUCUAGCCUGUGAUACAGGGUUUGCAUUUACAUUGGAUUGUCUACAUAUUAUUAUUGCAGAUGCACUGAGCGGCG